AUGCAGCGGAGGGGGGGGGAGAAGACUCUGCUUUCAUCUGAACGAAAGGCAAUUGUACGACAACUACGCGAGAGCUCCGUUCCAACCGCAGAACCCCGCGCCAAGCGACCCGACGCGAGCGACACAAAUCCAGAGCUCGAAGCCAAGGUCGCUACAUUGCGCCACCGCAUCGUGAGCGAGGAGGAGUCGGAGCUGUGGCCAGGAUCCUACGCCGGGCACCCGAUCGCAUUUGUUCAACCUACCGAUCAGUUCGUCGACCAAUGGGCGCACGGACGGGUAGCGGAAUAUACAAUGCAUGACAGCAAGACUGAGCUCCACUUACGUGAUUCGGACGAUGAAGCAAAGGAAGACAAGCUUCUCGUCGACCCGCGGAACAUCGAGCUGGUAUGGCUGCAGAAUAAACCGCUUUGUAAGCGCACUCGUGACACAGAUUUAACCCCACAAGACCUCGACGAGAGCCUACCAGCAUUUCCACCAGUCAAUGAGGCGCAGACUUCGGCCUUUCGACCGUCUACGAUGGAGUUUUACGUGAACGAUGCAAUAGCGAACCCUUCUCUACAUGGUAAGAACGCAAAAACGGUACUUGAAUCGGCUCAACAAGGCUCCAGGACCAAGUUUCAUGCGACGCCACCAAUACUCCGUCUGGCAUUUGUCAAGACAGGAGCUCAGCUCAUGGAAAAUUGGCAAAACUAUCGUCCAGACGCAGCUACGUGCAGUAUGCUCGUAUUUUGGGUCAACUCCAAACCCGGACAAUUUCGCAGCGAAAUCAUCAUAUCAAACAUCGAGGUUGCGAAGCUAAUUGGCCGCGAGCUCACACGCAACGACGAUCACUUGAUGAAGCUUUACCACAACCGGCACGACAGUCAGAUUGCUGCAAUGACAAACAACCCUUACAAUCGAGAGCAACGCGGCAGUAAAACAUCAGCGGUGCCGAGGGAGUUGAGCGCCAUGUUGCGGAAACAAGGGGCUAAGACCAUGUGCAUGCGGUACCUAUCGAAAACGGCAACUCCGGUCCAGCACGAGGGCAGUGUUUUGAUCCAAACCGAGCGCAUUUCAAGCCCCUGGCGCUACCAGCACACGCAAAGAGCUUAA